AUGUUAAGCUCGAGCCACCUGGUUUUCUUCCCAUUCUUCAUUCUCAUCAUCCAUUUUUCCUCGCUGCUAAUCCUUUCAUUAUCCGAAUCCGACUAUACUCGACCAGACAAGUACUUCAUCGCUUGCGGUUCCAAAUCCAACGUCACCACCAACGAAAGACAGAGCUUCGUCGGAGACCGGGCACACCCACCAUUCUUUCUCUCGCCAGGACGAAGCAAAGCCAUCAUCACUGAUGAAACCUCAAACGACAUGUCGUCUCUCUACAAAACGGCAAGAGUUAUCGAAACUCCGUCGUCGUACGAGCUCGAAGUUGACCAGGACGGUACGUACAUGGUACGCCUUCAUUUCCACUCAUUUCCGUCUGAGUUUAACCUCUCCGAAGCAUUUUUCGACGUUUUAGCUUCUGGGUAUUCGUUAUUAUCAAAUUUCAGCGUCAGAACUCAGUCUGUUGAGGAGUUUCUUCUCCCCAUUAAAAAGGGAAAAUUCAAGCUUUACUUUCAGCCAUCACAGAACUCACUUCUUGCUUUUGUUAACGCUAUAGAAGUCUUUCUUGUCCCUGAAGAAGAUCUCCUCCCAAAAUCUGCUCAACUAAUCACUUUAGAUGGAACAAAGGGUAUUCAAAGUGAUUUGAUCUCUUUGGUGUACCGUACAAUCCAUAGAAUCAAUGUUGGGGGUAAAACUGUCACACCAGAGAGUGAUUUUCUAUGGAGAACAUGGCUACAAGAUGAUGGUUUUCUCAUAAAACCAGAGGCUGCGAAGAAGAGUCAGUAUUAUGAUGGUACUCUUAAGUUUUUGCCUGGGGGAUCAACUAAGUAUAGUGCACCAGAAUAUGUUUACAGGACCGGAAGAGAGUUGAAUGUUCAAGCUGAUUUCUCUAAGGCAACUUGGGCUUUUCCUGUCAGUAAGAGUGCUAAUAAACAUCUGGUUCGAGUUCACUUAUGUGACAUUAUUGGUAAAGCCCUUAGUGUGUUUGAUUUCACUCUGUUUAUUUACAACAAGUUGGAAAGGACCAUUGAUGCAUAUGAUGAUAUUGGAAAUUUGCAAUCCCCAUUUCAUCUUGAUUAUGUUGUUGAUACAAAUGGUUCUGGAUUUAUCAACAUAAGCAUUGGUUUGGUGGCUAGUAAUAAUUGGUCGAGUGUUCCUAAUGCCUACUUGAAUGGAGUAGAGAUUUUUGAGAUUGAGAGGACUUCUAGCAUAGCUGUUUUUGAAAGUCCACUUAAACAAAAUGGCUCGGUUAUUGGUUUUGGAUCAUUUGUUGCUUUUCUGGUCAUUAUAGGCAUGUUGAUAUCUGUUUUGAUGGUUUUGAAGAGUAAAACUGCAAAAUUUAAACGGUAUGCUUUUCAGUUCCUUUACGAAGGAAUGAGUUCAGAUAGGCCUAAGAUUGAUAAGGUAGAAUGGGCCCUAAGAAGAGAGGGUUUUGAAGACACUACUACUUCUACCAAGACUUCACUAGAUGAUGAUGAUGGUUCCAAGUAUGGUGAUAAUGAUUCAAACACUUCCUCCACUCAGUUCUCUACCUAA